CAUUAAACGGGCGUAGUGUUGUCCGCUAGCCAGGUGCUAAGUCAGCUCACUUGCAGAGAACCACUAUUCCGCCAUACGCAGCCGGAAUGGCGUUAUAAUGUUUUUUAAGACAGCUUUUAAUGGACGCGGCGUCUCGGCGGCGUUUUGUAUUGCCUCCUGUAAUUGGCUAGUUUUUAGCUAACGCGGAAGGAAGGCGUCUCCAGGGAGUCAUCAAUGACCAACGUGUCGGCUGAGAUACUACGCUAGUUCCUCCAGUUGAUAACGAUGUCCAAACGGAUAAGAAAUACGGAGUUGUGUGCGGACUGCUGUGUCCCAGAACCCCGCUGGGCCUCAGUGAACAGGGGGGUGUUAAUUUGUGACGAGUGCUGCAGUGUUCAUCGAAGUCUGGGCAGACACAGCUCCCAAGUCCGCCACCUGACGCACACACCAUGGCCUCUUACACAGCUACAGAUGGUUCAGAUGUUGUACAGCAAUGGUGCAAAUUCAAUUUGGGAGCACUCACUUCUGGACCCAGCAUCUGUUAUGAGUGGGAAACGCAAAGCCAGCCCCCAGGAUAAACUGCACCCCAACAAAUCCGAAUUCAUUAAAGCCAAAUACCAAAUGCUCGCAUUUGUCCACCGCAUGCCUUGUCGGGAGGAUGACAGCUCAACAGCCAAGGAUUUAAGUAAGCAACUUCACUCAAGUGUACGCACUGGAAAUCUUGAGACCUGUUUGAGGUUGCUAUCUCUGGGAGCUCAAGCAAACUUUUUUCACCCGGAAAAAGGAAACACUCCCCUGCAUGUGGCUGCAAAGGCGGGACAAGUCUCUCAGGCUGAAUUGUUAACUGUUUAUGGGGCCGACCCUGGAGCUCCUGACAGCAACGGCAAAACUCCCAUUGAUUAUGCAAGGGAGGCGGGCCAUCACGACCUGGCAGAUAGACUGGUGGAAAUUCAGUAUGAGCUGACGGAUCGGCUGGCGUUCUACUUGUGUGGGAGAAAACCAGAUCAUAAAAACGGGCAGCAUUUCAUUGUUCCACAAAUGGCUGACAGCAGUUUAGAUUUAUCGGAGCUGGCCAAGGCAGCAAAGAAGAAGCUGCAGUCUCUCAGUAAUCAUUUAUUUGAGGAGCUAGCCAUGGACGUGUAUGAUGAGGUGGAUAGGCGAGAAACUGAUGCAGUGUGGUUAGCCACGCAGAACCACAGCGCCCUUGUGACAGAGACAACUGUGGUGCCGUUUCUUCCUGUCAAUCCAGAGUAUUCGUCCACAAGAAACCAGGGACGCCAGAAACUUGCCAGAUUCAAUGCACAUGAAUUUGCAACUCUUGUGAUUGACAUACUAAGUGAUGCAAAGCGGAGACAACGAGGGAAUUCAGCAGCCAGCCCUAAAGACAACGUGGAACUUAUCCUGAAGAACAUGUCUGCCAGGCCAAGUGAUAGCCAGGAUAAUGACCAGCCUGACUAUGACAGUGUGGCGUCUGAUGAGGAUACGGACCAAGAUCUCCCUUCUAGUAAAGGAGAUAGGACUAAGAGCCUGGACUCUGACCUCUCUGAUGGACCUAUCACCAUGCAUGAGUACCUGGAGGUAAAGAACGCACUCUCGGCCUCCGAAGCCAAGAUCCAAAAUCUCCUGAAAGCUAACAGCAACCUGAGUGAUGAGCUGCGGCUGAUGCAGAAAAAGCUGCAAUCUCUGCAAAGUGAGAACGCCUCUCUUAGGCGGCAGGUCACAGCCAAUAUCUAUCAGACCCCGAGCACCUCCGACUUCCCCGACCCCUCCAGUCCCUCAGCCCUGAAACGUCGACAGUCUGCUCGGGCCAGUCGGCCUAUGUCUAUGUACGAGACCGGUUCGGGCCUGAAGCCUUAUCUCCCUAAAGGGGAAAGUCCUUACCCAGAGGAGGCUAUUCCUACCCUGCAACCCUUCUCACUUCAUAAGGAAAGGGGUGCUCACGUGACCACCUCUUCAUCCCUCCCCUCAUUUCCGUCUACCCUCUCCUGGUCCAAGGAUGAAAGUAAUCUAAAGGCCUCCAAGUUGGAGAAGCAAAGCAGCGUGCCAGAGAGCGACUAUGACAAUGCAUUCAUUGACUCUGAGGCGGACGAGACGGGUGUGUGCAGGCGGGGAAGGCUGCGGAGCAGUGGCUGGCUGGGGGAGGGCAGCUCCAUCCCUGAGCUGGAUGACGGCGAGGCGGAGUUGGACCCCACGCUUCCCAGCACCGAGGACGUCAUCCGCAAAACGGAGCAGAUCACCAAGAACAUCCAGGAGCUUCUGCGAGCCGCUCAGGAGAACAAACACGAGAGCUUCAUACCCUGCUCGGAAAGAAUAUAUGUGGCCGUAACAGAAAUGGCCGCCCUCUUCCCCAAGAAGCCGCGCUCUGAGACGGUGAGGAGCUCCCUGCGCUUGUUGACCUCCAGCGCGUACAGACUGCAGGGCGAGUGCAGGAAGGCGGCGCCUCCAGACGGCUGCGCAGCACCGGACAUGCAGCUUGUCACCCAGCAGGUCAUCCAAUGUGCUUACGACAUCGCCAAGGCAGCCAAGCAGCUGGUCACCAUCACCACUAAGGAGAACACCAACUGACAAACAUCUCACUACUUUGCUUCUAUAUUUUUUUUAAAUUAUGUUUUUUUUUUCAUAUUUGUGGUAUUUGCAUGCAUUUUUUUAUUUUUUAUUAUGUUUCUGACCAUUUGGGACAGCUGCGACGAGGUGGUGACCUGUCCAGCCCCCCCAGCGACCCAGAGAGGGACAAGUGUUAGAAAAUGGAUGGAAGGAAACACUCCGCAGCUUUACCUACUAAUACUGUACUUGGAAAAGCACAAUUUCCCUCAAGGUAAAAUCAUUUCCACAAAUAUUGUUUUAUUAGCAAAGAGGACUAAACGCAGCAUAGCAGUGGUACCUCGGUUUUCAUACGCCGAAAACUUUCACCACAAAUAUAUUUUUUUAUUGAGUACGGCUGCAAAAUAAAAUAAUCCACAAUAUAGGUACAUAACAGUUAAUAGUUUAGUCCAGGCCUGGGCAAUUAUUUUGACUCGACAUUUAGAGAAAAAAAAUGUGU